GCAACCGAGGCGCCUGGGUGCAUCCCAGUGCAAUGGCUCCAGAGCUUCCCCAUCCCAAGCCUGGCUUGGUUUAGCCUUUUUGAAAGCCUCCUCUUGGGCCGGAGGAAGGGGAGGACCAAGGCCAGCAGGUGGGGUUUGCAGGCAUCAUAUGACCCAGGGGAAAGUGGCACUUCCUGGACUCUUGCCUUGGCACCUUUCUUUGCAAAGCAUCCCCAGAGCAGCUGGUGGCCAAGGAGAAGCAGGGCCAGAGGGGCAGCUCUUGCUCUCCAGGGAGAUGGGCAGCCGAGGGCUCCUGCUGGCCCCUGGCCUUUGGCUCCUGCUGCUGCUGGCCCUUGGGCUCACAGAGGCCACCAAGGGCAGGGACAACAUCCUCCUCUUCCUCGCCGAUGACCAGGACCUCCAGCUCGGAGGGAUGACACCUCUAAAGAAGACACAGUCCCUGAUCGGUCAGUUGGGUGCCUCUUUUGCCAACGCGUUUGCAGUCACUCCGCUGUGUUGCCCCAGUCGCAGCAGCAUCUUGACCGGUUGCUAUCCUCACAACCAUCUGGUGAGGAACAACUCCUUGGAGGGCAACUGCAGCAGCCCAGUCUGGCAGAAGUUUCAGGAGCCCUAUACCUUCCCGGUUUAUUUGCAGAAGCAAGGCUACCAGACCUUCUAUGCCGGCAAAUACCUCAACCAGUAUGGAGACCCUAAAGCAGGAGGCGUUCAGCACAUCCCCUUGGGCUGGACCUAUUGGCUUGGCCUGGUGGGGAAUUCCAAAUAUUACAACUACACCCUUUCUGCCAACGGACGCGAGGAGAAGCACGGGGACCUAUACGAAGAGGAUUAUCUCACGGACCUCAUUACCAACCGGAGCCUGACGUUCCUGCAGAAGCUUUCCCGCCCUCCGUUUCUCAUGGUGCUGGCCCCUCCGGCCGCUCACUCCCCAUGGACUGCCGCCCCCCACUACAAGUCGGCCUACAGCAACGUCAAAGCACCCCGAAAUGGGAGCUUCAACGUCCAUGGGAAGGACAAGCACUGGUUGAUACGGCAAGCGAAGUCCCCUAUGUCCAACACAUCCAUUGAGUUCCUGGACAAUGUCUACAGACAACGGUGGCAGACCCUGUUGUCUGUGGAUGACAUGGUAGAGAAGGUGAUGCUUGAACUAAAGUCGCUUGGCCUGCUAGACAGCACAUAUGUCUUCUAUACAUCAGAUCAUGGGUACCACACCGGUCAGUUUUCUCUGCCCAUCGACAAGCGGCAGCUUUAUGAGUUCGACAUCCGGGUGCCUUUGCUGGUGAGAGGCCCUGGCAUCAAAGCAAACCAGACACAUCUGGAACCUAUUCUCAAUAUUGACCUGGGACCCACCUUCCUGGACAUUGCUGGGGUUAACAUAUCUCUUACUCCCAUGGAUGGACAGUCCUUCUUGCCCCUCCUGGUGAACAAGACGCACAGCAGUGGCUGGCGGUCAGAUUUCCUGGUGCAAUACACAGGAGAAGGGUGCAGUGGCAAAGACCCACAUUGUCCUGCCUUGGGACCUGGAGUGUCACAAUGCUUCCCUGACUGUGUUUGUGAGGAUGCCUUCAAUAAUACCUAUGCCUGCGUGCGCACAUUGAACCCCAUCAAUUUACAGUACUGUGAAUUUGCUGAUGCACAGGAUUUCGUAGAAGUCUACAAUCUGACUUCAGAUCCACACCAGCUCCUUAAUGUGGCCAAAACUGUAGACCCUUCGCUGUUGGAGCAGAUGAACCAGAGGCUGAUUAAGUUCCAGGCUUGUUCAGGCGCCAGCUGCCGAUCCUAGGGACCCCAGAGGCAUCUCUUUCUCACUGACUGCCAAGGAACCCCAAAGAGUCUGGUCUGGAUCUCACCAUGACCGCAGCCUCACCUCCUCCUUUCUCCACUCUUGGGCUGAUUUUCAUGUCCUGGAUCCCACAACUUUAAUGCCCUGGUCGCCAGCUACUUUUGAUGGGAGGGAUAAGUUGACGAAAGAGUGAGAAGAAGGAUUAGAUGGGAUGCCAAGUUUCUAGAGCAAUGAUUCCCAGAUAUGGGACCCCAGAAGUUGUUGGACUUCAGGUCCCAGCAGCCAAUGAUCAGGGAUUGUACUGUUUGUAAUCCAACAGGAUCUGGGGAUUCAGACUGGGAACCAUCGCACUAUACACUUUUGCCAUGAAAAAUCCUAGAUAUCAAGUUCCACUGACUUGUAUUUUGGGGCUCACGUAUACCUCUCAUUUGCCUCUCAUGGGGGCUGGCCAUUAGCAGGUCAAAUUUCACUUCUCAGGGUGGGGCAGGUCUGGCCCAAAAGGCAUCAGUUGCUGACCUCCUACUCCAAGGCAGAAUACAGACCAGGAUCUACUGCAUCUCUGGAGGAAUUGCAAGGACCUCUGAAGCCCAUUCUUUGAACAGUAGCAACAACAAUAUGGACUGAGGUCUUUGCAUGGAUGGACUCACUGAGUUCAGCUAAGUCCUGCUACUGGAAACAAAUUCCUGGGUUCCACCUUCUUUGAUUUGAAGUGUGUGUCUUUCGUACCAUUCUCCAACUGAUGAAUGUAGGGGUCAAUUAAAACAACACACAAAUGCACAUGAAAAACUUGGAUCUUAUACCUUUCAAGUCGGCAGAGAUGCAAGAUGCCAGUCUGCCUGAGCCAGGAGGGCAUGUGCUCCAUCUUACCCAAUAUCUCACCCUGAAUAGUCCUCGGAGCAAGACAUUUCUAGUGAUCUGGUGGGAUGCAUUCACCACAGGGGUAGGGUUGAGUUGGCAGUGUUUUGGGGCAUAUUUGAAGUGGUGCCUGAUCCAGUAGGAAUUCAUCCCAACUCAUGGGAAGGCCAGUCCUACUUGAAGUAUGCCAACCUUGCUCUGAAUGGUGUGCCAUGGCCAGAUGGGCAAGAUUACCUCUCUUUCCUUCUCUGGCCCUACCCUGGAUGUGGAAAGGGAUUCAUUUCCCCGUUUAGUCACUAAUCUGUGCACAAUAACUUUGUCAUAGCCUCCUUUUUCUCUUGCUGAAACUAUUGCACAAAUGUUGUGUCUUGUAACUCCACUGUCCACUUAGAAGGUUUGCUUCCGUUAGCCCAGGGAUUCCCAAACUUCAGUCCUGCAGGUACUUUGGACUUCAAUUCCCAGAAGGUCCCAGCCAACUUGGCCAAUAAAGUCUGAGAGCUACAGACCAAAAAAUCUGGAGGAACAAAGUUUGGGAACCACAGAAUUGGCCCAUAGUGGCUCUGGCAGCUGCUAUGUUGCCCUGACUGUGCGUCUCUCUCCUUUAGUACUGUGAAAAGAAAUGGAAUAAAGGACUUGUUUGUUAGGAAA